AUGAAUCGGCUGCCAAACAUUGCCAAGCAACCAGCAAAGCCCAGUCAGCGGAAGGAAAAGGCACCUCCAGAGGUACCAGCUCUCAUCACCGACAAGGAACGUGGGGCUUAUUAUGAGAAGGGGAGAUUUUUGGGUAAGGGAGGAUUCGCUCAUUGCUAUGAGCUCACAAAUCGGACCACUCGAGAAGUCGUGGCCGGAAAAGUUGUACCGAAAACAAUGCUUGUCAAGCAAUAUCAAAGAGACAAGGUUAACGAUUAUUUUAUUUCCUCGAUGACUCAAGAAGUACAGAUUCACCGCGAGCUGUCUCACAAAAACAUCGUCAAGCUCUUCCACUUUUUCGAAGAUUCUCUCAACGUGUACAUUACGCUUGAAUUGUGUGCUAGAAGAUCGUUGAUGGAGCUGCACAAAAGAAGAAAGGCAGUCACUGAGCCAGAGGCACGUUACUUCACUCAUCAAGUGGUGGAAGGCGUCCUUUAUCUGCAUGACCUGAAAAUCAUUCAUCGAGAUAUGAAGCUUGGAAACCUUUUCCUCAACGAUGACCUUGUUGUCAAGAUUGGAGACUUCGGUUUGGCCACAACUGUUGAUGGAGAUGAACGCAAGAAAACUUUGUGCGGAACACCGAAUUACAUUGCUCCGGAGGUGCUGAACAAGAUGGGUCAUUCGUUCGAAGUCGAUAUUUGGGCAGUAGGAUGCAUCCUAUACAUUCUUCUGUUCGGACAACCACCUUUCGAAUCUAAGUCGCUUGAAGAAACUUAUUCUCGCAUCCGUCAUAACAAUUAUACAAUUCCUUCUGUCGCGUCGCAGCCAGCUGCCGCUUUGAUUCGAAAAAUGCUGGAUCCGGAGCCAACUCGCCGUCCGACUGCCAAACAGGUGCACCGCGACAUCUUCUUCAAAUCUGGUUUCAUGCCAACCAGACUUCCGGUUUCGUGCUUGACAAUGGUCCCGAAGUUCGCUGGCCACGAGACCUCAAUGAUGGAGGAGAAUGUGGCUCCGAAUGGGGUAGAUACACGUGGACAGCGCCCAUUGAAUGGAAGAGCUGGCUUGGCUCCUUUGCCACAUCACACGUUGUCAAACAAUGUUGAGCGCGAAAGAGCUCAACAACAGGCUGCCGAGGCAACGUUCAGGGAGCCUGAAGAUGCCUACCUCUCGCAACUUUUUCACCAAGUAGCGGUACUUUUGGAACAGCGUAUUCCUGGGGUGAGCUAUUGCAAUCUCGAAGAGGAAGAAGCUGCUCUUGAUGGCUAUCAAUCACCGGAGUGUCUUCCUAUCUUCUGGAUUUCAAAAUGGGUCGAUUAUUCGGACAAGUAUGGUAUCGGAUAUCAAUUGUGUGAUAAUUCAGUCGGUGUACUGUUCAACGAUAACUCUCGUAUCAUGCUCGAUACAGCUGGAGGGGAGUUGACUUACAUUGAGAAGAGCAACAAAGAGCACUACUUCUCUAUGCACAACGGAGACAUUCCGCAGACUCUCAACAAGAAGGUCACUCUGCUGAAGUAUUUCCGGUCUUACAUGAACGAUCAUUUGGUGAAAGCUGGAGAAGGGUCGGAGCAACGAGUUGGAGAUGAGUUAGCUCGUCUCCCAACACUCCGUGUUUGGUUCAGAACCAAAUCCGCUAUCGUAUUGCACCUUUCCAACGGAACAGUGCAGAUCAACUUCUUCAAUGAUCAUGUCAAAAUGAUGAUGUGUCCUCUAAUGCAAGCUGUUACUUUCAUCGAUCAGAAUAAAAGAAUGCUGACUUACAAGUUCAGCAAUCUUCAACGCAACGGUUGCCCGGAGAAGUUCCUCCAUCGUCUCAAGUAUGCCAAGACCAUGAUCGAAAGACUGAUGAGUGAUGCGAGUGCGGUUUCACACAACCCACCCAGACAGGGUGAAGCACCUCGGUCAAUGGCCUCGGCUCGCUCUGCAUCUGCUGGAUCACGUGGUCCACUUCACAGUGGAGGACAAUUACCACAAUCAGCCAGCGGAUCCAACAUUCAGCCCCGUCGAUAA